CAAAAGCGUACAGUUGAAAAUAAAAAUUAAAAUGAAAGUACAUUAUCCAGUCAAAACUUUCUGCAUUACAUAAAUUGGAGUAACUUUUGGCAUGAUCAAAAUGUGUAAAAAGUAUUGUAAAGUGUCACACAACCCCAUGAUAACGGCUGCAGUCGAAGUUCAGAAUUCAUUCUUAAUCCCUUGAAACUAUGACUAAACUUCUUUCAGCUGGCUGUAAAAGUUUUUGCGGACAUGUAAAACUGGGUUUCAAGUACUAUUUCAGAGCAGACAGGAGGCCACUUCGCAACAGAAUCCUUCGUCGUGUCAAGCCAAGUACAAGUGCGAUUACAAUUGAACAUGAGUUUGUACUUCAACCAGGAGUCGCUGCAGUAUGUCGAGAUGGAACCGGAGCAAAAGCACCAGGUUAGAUUUUUGAAUGUGGCCCCGGCAUUCCAGGAUGAACCAAACGCUCGACCCUACCGUGGAUUUAAUAAUCGGAUUGGCUUUCCACCGGAAGCCAGGCAAACUGCUUUUGGUGUCAGGGAUAUUGAAUUGAAAUCAGACAUCGUGUAUGAAAAUUCUAAACCAAUUUACAGUGUGUUGCGUCUUUUGGGGGUGUUACCCUUAACAAGACCCAAAACGGGAGUUACAAUGUUUGCUUGUGCAAGUCCAUCGAUGGCUUAUUGUGCUUUUUUAUUAGUUUUGCUGGGGGCCUACGUCACCUUCAUUUUGAUAGGCCGAAUCCACAUGGUUCGCACGCUCGAGGGUCGUUUCGAGGAGGCCGUCAUUGCGUACCUUUUCAUCGUCAAUGCUCUACCGCUGUUGAUUAUUCCGAUGAUGUGGUAUGAAAGCCGGAAGGUCGCAGAUUUACUGAAUGAUUGGGUCGAUUUUGAAGUUUUAUACCGUAAAACGGCUGGCAGCGAUUUGCCGUUAGAGCUUAAGACAAAGUCGCUGUUGAUUGCGGUCCUGCUACCACUGAUGUCCUGCGCUGCCGUUGCUAUCACUCACGUAACGAUGGUGGAAUUUGAGUUGAUCCAGGUCACUCUUUACUGUAUUCUGGAUACGCUAAUCUACAUGAUGGGUGGUUAUUGGUAUAUGACUUGUGAAACUCUCAGCACGACCGCUAAUAUUCUAGCUGAGGAUUUUCAAAAGGCUCUGAGACACGUCGGACCGGCUGCGAUGGUGUCUGAUUAUCGUUCGUUGUGGCUGCGCUUGAGUAAACUUGCUCGAAAUACAGGAUUUGCGACCUGUUACACCUUCACCUUCAUCUGUCUGUAUUUGUUUUUCAUCAUUACUCUAUCGAUCUAUGGCUUGCUAUCGCAGAUAUCCGAUGGAUUCGGAAUCAAAGAUAUCGGACUAGCGGUAACCGCUUUCUGUAGCAUCGGUCUGCUUUUCUUCAUUUGUGACGAAGCUCACUACGCGUCGUUCAAUGUGAGAACAAACUUUCAGAAAAAGUUGCUGAUGGUGGAACUCAGCUGGAUGAAUUCGGACGCCCAGACGGAGAUCAACAUGUUUCUGCGGGCAACGGAGAUGAACCCGUCCAGCAUCAAUCUCGGAGGGUUUUUCGAUGUCAACAGGACUUUGUUCAAAUCGCUCCUCGCCACCAUGGUUACAUAUUUGGUUGUCCUGCUGCAGUUCCAGAUUAGCAUUCCCGAUGAUCCAAGCUCGAUUUUGGUACAAAAUUUAACUUCUCAUAAGUGAAAUGUGUUUCCUUGCCGAAUAUUAUCCCUCUACUGAACUUCACAAGUUUUGCAAAUCAAAGUCGUGAAUAUCAAAACAAUUGAAAAAAUGAACAUUGGAAGGUUAUUAACUGAUUAACUUAUUUUCAGCUUUUCGUGAAAUUUAAAAUCAGCAAUAUCCAAUUUAAAAUAAAAUC